AUGCGAGUCCUUGAAGGGGCGGUUGCUGCUGCUGCUGCUACAUCGUCAGUUCUACGAGUAUUCCAAGUUUCACCACCUCUCCUGGCGCCACCAGGCGUGCCACAGAACAGUCUGCUCAGCAAUGAACAGGGACAAUCAGUGGCAGCUGACUUCUGCAAACAUGGCUGUUUUGUCACUCAAACUCUAAUGGUCCAUUCCUUCGCCAACAGCUAUGGUGACCCGUUUAUUGGUUCUUAUACGCCGCCGGAAUGUUCUUUCAACCAUAUCACGUUGAAUCUCACUGUUGAAGCCGCCGGAAGACAAUUCGAUCGUCUGGCGGUGGCUUAUCUAGGAGAUGUCGAAAUCUGGCGGACGAGCACAGCUGAACCUACUCGUGCCGGCAUUAUAUGGACACACGUGAAAGACGUGUCUUAUCUCCUGUCUCUCUUUCUCGAGCCUCAACAGCUGGUCUUUGACCUUGGCAACCUGAUAAACGAAAAUUAUACUUCUCCCUUCAAUGUGACCUUGGAGGCGACGUUCUUUCAAUCAUCAACCACAACCGAUCCCGCGGAUAUCAUUGUUUCAGUUCCAGCCAGGCGGAGCGCUAUUAUCUCCGAGAAUCCUUCACACUAUCCCCAUGUUACAGUCGGAGACAGCAUCGUGCUGCCGCGAAAUGUGGAACGUGCGGUCUUCACAAUUGCCGCCACGGGUCAGAUGGACGAAGAGUUCUGGUAUUCCAACGUAUUCUCCUCGUACACCCAUACUUUCGGGCGAGAUCCCCUUCCCGGUCACUCACCAUUCCGGGAAAUCCAGCUCCUGAUUGAUGGGCAACUGGCAGGUGUUGUCUGGCCCUUUCCUAUAGUCUUCACUGGUGGCAUUGUGCCCGGUUUAUGGAGACCCGUUGUCGGAAUUGACGCAUUCGACAUCCGCGAAGAUGAAAUCGAUAUAACACCUUGGCUGCCCCUGCUGUGCGACGGGGAAAGCCACGUAUUUGAAAUCAGAGUGGUCGGCAUCGAUGACGACGGCAAAGGCAAGAGUCGGCUCUCUGAGACUGUGGGCAGUUAUUGGGUCAUUACAGGGAAGAUAUUCAUCUGGCUCGACCAGGCCGGAUCAGUUACAGCUGGAACAAUUCCUACCCUUCUUGCUCCUGUACCGUCCCUGGCGCUCUUCUCUGAGCUCGGUCUAGAUUCCAAUGGCACCAACCAGACGCUGACGAAUGUCAUCGACGUAACUCGCAACCUGAGCAUUUCCUCGCAAGUGGAGACCUCCAAAGGUAUCAAAACAGUUUCGUGGCGGCAAUCACUUACGUAUUCAAAUUGGGACUAUAUAUCCGACUUUGGUGUCAGACAAACGACAACACAGCAUAUCAAUGGCAGCGCAGUUUCGUCAGAAGGUUACUCCCGAGUCUUCAGCUACCCUCUUUGCGUGAACAGCACCGUUAUCGAGGAUAAAGCGGCUCAUACGCUCUUCAUUUCCGCCACUAUCAAUCGAGGACAAGAGGUCGAAGUCUACGGUCAAUUGGUGUUUCCUACCGGCCUAGAGCCGUUCAACCGCUCACUUGGGUUUCUCUUGGGGGAUUUCCAACGCCAUGAAGCGUUCGUGGGCAGUCGCUUGAGCACGACUCAGAAUGGAAGCGCCAUUUACUCCAGACACGAGAAUGUCUCCACUAGCCCUGCGACAACACAGCAGGAUCUUACAUUCUCCGGCAUUCCAGCUAGCGAUCCAGAAGCAGGAUCACAAAGACACGUAGAACUUUACCGCCGGCAUGUAAUUGCCGUCAACGACACGCUUGUUGAAGACCGGGCAACGCUCCAUGGCAGCAAGGCAAAUUUGCAUCUUUCAGCUAAGUCAAAUAGACAAGACAUGCGACCGGUCUGGCUGCAGUAA